AUGGACGGUUUGCUGCAUCAGGUGCAGAAGCUCAAGAUGACUGAGCAGGCGCAGGCAUCUCCUGCAUCCCCGUUACAGAGUGCUUCAUUACAAGCAUCUCCGUUAGGCUCCGGUCUUGCUAAUCAGGACAGAGCAACGCAUGAUAGAGAAGGGGCUGCUACACGGUCCGAACCUUCAUCAUCUCCCACCGUCGCACAUACUCAAGAAGCGUCGAUCGAAGUAGCACCUGUAACAUCUAACAUAGGAGCAAGUGUAGCAUCAAAUGUAGCGCCAACUGUGGGGUCAACUUUACCACCAGCUGUAGCAUCAUCUGUAGCAGGAACUAGACGCCUCUCACUCUCUUCCUCCCCCGCGCCCUCCGCAGCCUCUUCCACUGUGCGUAGAUCGCUAGACCUGAGUGGCAUGAGCCUCAACCCCCACGCAGCCGAGUUCGUUCCGGUCUUUGGCCCUCCUUCCCACGCCAGCAAUCUCGCCACUGCGCCACAAUUAGAUUCAGCGGCAGCAGCAGGAGGAGGUGGAGGAGGAGGAGGACGAGCAGGGGGGCCAACGGGUGGUGUAGCCGGGUCUGGUGCAGCAGCAGCAGCAGGAUAUGCUUCCUCCCUGCAGGGCAAUGCAGCAGGGUAUGCUUCCUCGCUGCAAGCGGGGUAUGGAACGGGCAGCGGUUUAGCUGGGUAUAACGGCGCAGCAGCAGCAGCUGAGGCGUUUGGGGAGUGCGAGGAGGAGUUGAGCCGGUCGCAGUCGCACAACAGCAACGCGUCUGACGAUGAAUACCGCCGCUUCUGGCGGGAUCGGCUCCCUGACGAGCUUCUAAGUUUCGAUGAGUCGCCGAAAGGGAGAGGCGACAGAUUUGACAGGCAGGGUUAUGGAUACUCGUUCCGGCAGGGCGUAGGCCCUCCUGGUGCCCCUCCUGCAGCGCAGUCCAUGGGGAAUAUCCUCGAGGAGGUCAAGUCAGAUUCUGCUCUAGACCACCUUGCACCGCAUCGCACCGCUCUCGGUCUCUCCGGACCUGGCCAGCACCACUCCAUGCCGCAUCGCUCGCCUGCUGGCCCCCUCAUGGGCUCUCCAGCUCAGGGACCUUCCUACGAAGCUUCCUUUGAUCCUUCCGCUUCCUAUCACGCUCCCCCUCCCUCACACCUGCUCCCUCGAAACGCCCCCAGUCCUGCCUGGAGACCUGCCCCAGGCCCACCUGGGUUUUCACCUGGGCCCCCACCUGGCGGACCACCUGGCUCUGUUGCUCCUGUCCCUUCCAGCCCUGUAAUCGGCCGUGGAGGAGUACCCCUUUCUCCAAUGGGCACACCCAACCGAUACCCCCCAUACGGCGGGGUUAACCCUAACUCUAACCACAUGAGUCCGCAGCAGAGUCCUGCCAGGGGCCCUCCUCCCUAUGCCUCCCCCGGAGGCCCACUCUCUCGCUUUGGUGGUAACCCUGUAACAUCAAUGUCUUUGCCACCACCCGGCGCUGCCUCUCCCCCUCCCCCAAUCCAUCACCCCUACAACAGCCCUGCCAGGGGUUAUCCCCCUCCCCCAAAUGCUGACCCGAGGGCCAUGCACCCUCCACCGUUUGAACUCCCUGGUCCCGCUGGGGGAGGGGACAUGGGGGGGGGAAUGGGGGGAGGGAUGGGGGGAGGGAUGGGGGGAGGCGGAGGAAUGGGGGGACCAGGGGGAGGGGAUGGCAUGUGGGGGGGGAAAGGCGGGGGAGUGAGAGAGAGAGCAAUGUCGAUGCCGGUUGGGUGGGGGGGACCGGAGGAAGGGGUGGGCGGCGACGAUCGGCACGAUCCUGUGCGCAUACUCGCUACAGAGUUCCCCAUGUUCAGUAUAAGCACCCUGGCUGAGAUAUUCUUCUCUAAUGGCGCUGACCUCCCUCGGACCAUGGAGAUCCUCACCCAGCUGCAGCUUCAGGACGAGAUGACUCUCCCCUCACCAACCCACCGCCGCCCCCCACCCCCAACCGCGCACCCCCCUUCCCUCGACUCCCUCGACUUCCCCUCACUCUCCCCUCUCGACCCCCUCCCCGCCUCCUCCUCCCCCAUGCUCCGCCCCCGCCCCGCCUCUCAAGCCCCUGACAUUCGCCCCAUGCAAGGCCCUGUUCCGGAUUUUGCUGGGGCCACGCAAGCGUACCUGGCGGGCAACAAGGCAGCAGCCAAGGAGCUGAGUGCGCGGGGGCAGUGGCACAACGAGCAGAUGAAGGCAGCUCAUGCCAAGGCCAGCGAUGCCAUCUUCAGAACCCGCAAUGCGGCGUCGGGUUACCUGGGUGGAGGGGCAGUGGAGGGGGGAGAGGCGCGGGUGCUGGAUCUGCAUGGGCUGCAUGUGGGGGAGGCAAUACCCAUGCUGAAACGGGAGAUAGCUGCUAUGAGGAACGCUGCUCGCUCCACCCAGCAGAGGCAACAGGUGUACGUGUGUGUGGGCACAGGCCACCACACCAAGGGCCGAGCGCCCCCACGCCUGCCACUGGCGGUGGAGCGAUAUUUGGUGGAGGAGGAACGAGUUCAGUUCAUGGAAACCCAGCCCGGUAUGCUGAGAGUGGUGGAUCUGGACCUGUUUGAGAGGGAGGCUAGAGUGCUUCGCAGCCUCAAUCAUCCCGGCAUUCCGCGAUACAUAGACUAUUUUGAGGAGGACUCUGCAACGGACCGCGCCUUCUAUCUCGUGCAGCGGCUGGCGCAGGGGCAGUCGCUGGCAGCUUUGGUGGCGGGCGGGUGGAGGGGAACAGAGGAGGAGGUGGUGCGGAUCGGCGUUCAAGUCUUGGAAGUCUUAUCGUAUUUGGAGUCGCUUCGGCCUCCCGUGGUGCAUCGAGACAUCAAGCCCGACAAUAUAAUUCUGGACCAAUCACGUGGCACAGUUCAGGUGGUUGACUUUGGGGCGGUGCAGGAGGCAUCGGCAUCGGCCAGAAGUGAUGCUCCUAUCGGCAGCACAGUCGUUGGUACGUACGGCUACAUGGCACCGGAGCAGUUUCAGAACCGGGCCACCUCACAGUCGGACCUCUACUCGCUGGGAGCCACGCUCCUCUUCCUGCUCUCCGGCCGCCCGCCCUCCGCCUUCCCCCAGGCUCGCCUCAAAAUUGACUUCCAGUCGUCUCUUGGUUCAUCCCUCUCCCCCCGGCUGGCCACGGUGCUUGACUGCUUGCUCAUGCCAGCAGCAGAGGACAGGUUCAAGACGGCUCGAGACGUGAUCAAGGCACUUACCUGCAACGAAUCCUCCCUCCACCGCUACCUCCCACACCACCAGCAACAACAACAGCCAUCUACCUCCUCCCCCACCUCCCUAAGCACUGCCGGCAUGGGCGGGUUUCUCUUCAGGAGACCCAAAGCUACCUCUUCCUCCUCCUCCCCUCCUUCCACCGUGCCACGGCCUUCCCCUGUUGCUCCCCUGCAAACCCUCCCUGCCGCGUUUCAAUCCCCGGGUGCUCCUGUCACCCGUCCUGCUGGCACCCAAGUGGUAUUGGAGAGGACAGAAGGUGGAAAAGUCCUGGUAGUACACAUCCCCCCUGCGGGCUUGACGAGGGAGGCAAUGGGCACAGGCGGAUUCGCCAUCGCAUGGAAUGCUUUCAUUGCCUUCUGGACUGCCACAGCCCUCACAGGGGGCGCCCCGCUUCUCUUCACGGCUUUUUCAAUCCCCUUCUGGCUCGUGGGCGGCGAUCUGGCCAAGAAGGUAGUGUCCACAGUAGCAGUAUCAGUGGAUCUAGUAUUUGACCGCAAGGGAGACGGAGAGUUCAGCAUCACAUGGCGGGUGGGCGACCUCUGGAGUCACACAGAGAGGGGCAGAUGUGCCGACAUCUCACGCGCUGCAGUGGUGGUUGAAGGGUUCCAAAACGGCGAGCCAAUGGCGGUGUGCCAGCUGGCAGAAGGGGUGAAGGAGCACCGAUUCGGAGGGGGGCUGAAGCCGGUGGAGCAGCAGUGGGUGGUGGGGCAGAUAGGGGAGUUCCUGGGUAUUGGGUUUGGGGGGGUAUUGGGUGUUGAUGAGGAGGCGAGCAGGCGAGGAGGGAGGAACAACUGGAGUGACGAUGAGUGGUGA